AUGGCGGACCCUUCGAAGCAUGGUAGGGAGGACGAGACUGUUGCUGCUGUAGAGAAGGGCUACACAGCUGCUUUUGCCCCCACCACGCUCUCAGCCAAGCAGGCCAAGGACACCCUCACGGAGCGCGCCUCUCAGGUUUCCGAUGCUUACAGCAAGCUCAAUACUUUCUUCGCCGCAAACUCUGCCACAAUCAACAGUGCCGCCAACGUUCUUUUCAACGUCGAUGUUAAGUCGAUCGAGGGCGCCAUCACGCACUUUGCAGAGACGUCAGCGGUGGUAAUGAAAGGCUUAGAUGCGCUGAGUCAGCUUCAUCCAUUCGUUGGCGUUGCGGUACAAGCUUUCAAGCUCGUCAUUUCGUUUGACCUCACCCGUCGCCAAAACAACAAAAAAGUUCUCGCAGUCAAGUUGCAGAUGCAGGAUAUGAUGACAGUACUCUUCCAGCUGCGGAAUGUACGAAACCCGACCGACAAGGGACCCGAUGGCACACCAUUACAGGACAGAAUGGCGGCCGUCCUGCAGUCUAUUGCCACUGACAUAACUGCUUGUGGUAGCGCUUGCGAUGUCUACUUGAAGAAGAGUUUUCUGGCUAAAACCCUCAAAUCCAAAAUCUACGAAUCGCGCCUCGCGGGCUACGCAAGUACAUUUGAAGAACAUAAAAAGCAGAUUGUCUUCGAGCUGCAGAUGCAUACAGCGCUUGGCGUCGAUGCAGCAAACCAGAAGCUCGAAACCCAAGAAGGGCAUCUCGUGUCGCUAGAAACGAAGCUUGAGGCAAUCUUCAGGAAGCUGGACACCCCCAGAGAAAAGGACAUGCGAGGAUUGAUUGAAGAAAAGGGCGGACCACGUGCCUGUGUCGAAAGUGAAGCAGCACUCGCUGAACUCGUGUUGAAAAGCGGAGAAAGUCUUGCCGGUGCGAUGGGUAAUGCAGGCGGGGAGAUGGAUUUUGCGAAUGCCAAAAAAAUAUUGGGCAAGGAACUUGCAGAGGAUGUGGACGAGUCUUUCCGCAAGAACUUGAAGCUAUUCGAUCGUAAACUCGAAAUUCAAAGUCAACAACUCGAGGAUGCCAUCAGCAUUACCGAAGAACACAUCUUAACUGCCAUCUCGGACGGUGCCCAUCGUCGCAUAGUGGACAAAGAUCUUCAAGAACUUUGGAAAAAUGAAGGUUGGAACAGAAGCGUUAAAGCCAGGCAUUUUGUUCUUGCGCUCAACGACUUUUACACCGAACGAUUCAGCGCGCAAGACAUUGCGGGUCUUGCAAACGCUAUCACUGGCUCCGCUCCGCCGUCACCCAUCAUCUCGCCUGUGGACGGCACCCUUCUGCUCCCCGCACCAGCGGAAGACGACCGAUGGACACUCUCAUAUAUCAACGUGGCACAUCUCCAGCCGAUUUUAGAGGCAGUUGAUGAUGAUGGAACUGGUUUCAUCAGCGUGAAGGAGGCGAAUGACUUUGCCUUGACGAAGCCGAAAGGCUGGAGUCUGCUGCGCUGGGUCGCUUUUUGGGCUGCUGGCUGGCAUCUUUCCAUCACUUGGUACAAGAACCGCAUUUAUAAUUUGCUUGAAGCUAUGAUGGACAUUAUUCCUCAUGUUGCGGCAGGAAAUGUCAAUGCAGCAGGAAAUUAUUUUGCCACAGGUGCGAUCCGUCGCAUCGAACUGCUGUUGCGGUCCACCAAAUCGACUUCUGCGAAAGACGCUUAUGGGAAGGACGACACUGAAUAUGCCAAACUCAACGCAAUCAAGGACGAGAUCCAGAAUGCCGAAGAGAAGCGACUCAAAAAACGUCUAGAGGGAAUUUUAUACGAGGUGGAUGAUGUCGCGACCGUUAGACUGGUUACAGGACCAAAACGAAUCGAAAGAUAUAUCUACCCGUUGCUAUAUCUCAUUCUCAAGCGGCACUUUGAUAUUCUGCGCCUUGCAUGUCUACACAUUCUUGACGACGGCGAAUGGGACUCGAUGACUGCGUCGCUCAUGAACGUCAUGAAAGUGGUGGAUGAACGUCUGAAAAGUUUAGAAGCCGUAUAUAAAGCAAAUUGGCAAGAUGUUGGUGAGCGCCUGGGUAACUUCGCAUUCGGCAUGUUCCAGCUUCUACAUAGCACGCGAAAGCGGGAUGUCAUCAACAAUACCAUCGGGCGGUUUGUGGAGGAAGACGGAUUCGGCUGGGAGGACGAAGAUUUGAGCCCCGAUUGGGAUGAAGACGACCCAGCGACAAUCAAGGCUACUCUUGCCAAGAUAAAUCCUGAUAUUUUGAAUUACGACAUUCAAGAUGAACCCCACGAUAUAUACGACUUCGAAUCGGGGAAACCGAGGCCUUCCGGUGGAGAUGACAUGGAUGGUAUCUGGGUCGGCCAAUUUGUCGAUUCGGGUGGUGUUGCGCCACAAGGGACCGUCUCGCUGUCGUUAACGCGCAAGGGCAAAGAACUCAGUGGGAUGCUUGAGUACUUUUUCGACACGCUCGAUGUGGGCGGGACUGUGGAGGAAGAUUCAGAAGACACGCCGCAGAGAAAGUUCUCGCUGAAGGUGGCGUGGUUGGAUGGGUACUACACGCAGUGCGAGGGCGUGUAUGAUCCGGAACGUGCGACGCUGACGGGGACUUGGGUCAAGCAAGAGGAGGAUGAGGAGAGUGAGAGUGAUAGUUCUUAUGAACCAAGUGAAUCGGGUGGGAGCGAUGAAGAGGAAGAAGAGGAGGAGGAGGAAGAGGAAGAGGAAGAGAAAGAGGAGGAGGAAGAGAAAGAGAAAGAGGAGGAAGAAGAGAAAGAGGUUGAAGAAAAGGAAGUGGAAGGAGAUAAGGAUGAUAGAGCGGAUUCGGAGCAAGAACGGGAGGGAGGCGAACAACAAGACGAAACGAGCUCAGUUAGCUCGUCCUCUUUUUCCAGUGACACCGAUGACACCGACAUCACAACUGGAACUUUCGUAUUCCGUCGAACGCCACCCUCAGCUUUCCGAUUCCGUUACACUGAUGCCGAGUUCACUGCAAAUCCUGCAAGAGCGCGGUGGAAGUUUGCCAUCUCAACGACCAUCAACAGUGUCCAGAGUUCCCGCAUGACAUGGCCAUAUCUAAAAAACCGCUUCGCCGAACGCAAACGAUGUCUCGAGCUUUUCGCGCAUUAUUUGGACGACGAUCAAAAUGUUACUCCGUGGACUCCUCUCUCGGAGGCAGAAACAAGAGAGCUCACUGAGCUCGCUGGCAAGAUAUCUUCUGCAGAUGCCCGGUUUUAUUGUGACAUGGCCUAUUUUGAACUCCAAAAACGCAUCGCUUUUGGUGUUGUUUGUGACUCAUGCGAUCGCGAAAUUCGAGACAGUCAACUUUUUUGUGUCGAAUGCAUCAGCGACGAGUACAAUGAACACGUCGACCUCUGUUCCGCCCACUCAGACGAGACCCCGAGAUACAAACAGCAGCAACACCAAAGUUCACAUCUCAUGAUCAAGACUUAUCAGCGCAUCCAAGACGGAGACCUUUCAUGGGUCAUACCCGAGGCCACGGUUGUCGCAGCGCGCGUCAAGAAAGCUUACCGGGCAUCCCGUUCUCUUCUUUCGAGGGUAGAGGGAAGGAAUCGGAUCCGCAAAACUUCCAAGAAGGCUCCGAUAUGUUGCUGUUGCGGAGAUGUAAUCACUGCUCCGUUUUUUGCCUGCAUACGGUGCCUCGAAAACACCUUCAUCUGCACAAACUGCGAUGCUAAGCAAGCCGCGGCGGCCAGCUCAAACCACACCCUGCUCCAUCCCUUGGUGUAUAUUCAUGAUGGCGAGCGCCCUGAAGAGGAGGUCGAGGUCACGGAAGAGACGAGGCUCGCCGACCUUGAGCAGAAAUUGUUGGGCCUUGACUCGAAAAUUGUGGGGCUGGAAGAGAAGAUCGAUACGCGCUUUAGCUCGCUUGAGGCACUGUUGAGUGGAAUCGGGGAGAAACUCGUGGGGAAAGUAUAG